GCCCCGCUCUGCAGACAGGAGCCCGAGGGUUGACGGCCCAUCCCGCUGAUUGACAGCUCCAGGGCUCCGCCCACUGCAUGUGGGCUCCUGUCAGUGCCCUCCCAAUCACGGAAGUCGGGACAGCAUGGCAGAGGCGAGCAGGGACAGAGAAGGAGCCGAUACCAAAGACUGCAUCUUGGAAUCUCUUUCAUUACCAGAAAGUCUCUGUGUGGACUCUGACCAAGGGGAGGAUGUUUCAGUGCCGUGCAUCUUUUGUGAACAGUCUUACGAAAGGGAAGAGAAGGAUGGACUUCUAAAACACAUGAUUAUUGAGCAUAAGCUGGUCAUUGCUGAUGUCAAAUUAAUAGCAAAUUUCAGGAGGUAUAUUAUACAUUGGAAGAAAAGAUUUACAGAGCAAGCAAUCACAGAUUUUUGUUCAGUAAUAAGAACCAAUUCAAAAGCACCAGAAGACCAGCAAGAAAACUACUUCCUGUUGUGUGAUGUUUUACCAGAAGACCGAAUUCUAAGGGAAGAACUCCAGCAAGAAAGACUGAAAAAUAUUUUGGAGCAGCAGCAGCGUGAGAGAUCAGACACAAGUUUUCAGAGAUUGUGCAUGUUUUGCAAUGAGGAAUUAAAAGGAAACAGAUCGGUGUUGUUCAAUCACAUGAACGAGGAGCACUCAUUCAAUGUUGGUCUGCCAGAUAAUAUUGUGCAUUGUAAUGAGUUUCUGGACACAUUACAGAAGAAGUUGGACAGCCUGCAGUGCUUGUAUUGUGAAAAGACCUUUAGAGACAAAAAUACUCUAAAGGAUCACAUGAGGAAAAAGCAACACCGCAAGGUCAAUCCCAGGAACCAUGAAUAUGACCGCUUCUACAUAAUAAACUAUUUGGAAUUAGGUAAGACUUGGGAGGAAGUACAGUCUGAAGAUGAUCGGGAAUUAGCAGACAGCAAUGACGAGGACUGGUCUGACUGGGAAGAGCACCCUAUGUCUGCAUUUUGUCUGUUUUGUGAUACACAGGCGGACACCACUGAGAAACUUCUCUUGCACAUGAAGGAUUGUCACUACUUUGAUCUUCACAAAAUAAAAACAGACUUGGGACUGAAGUUUUAUCAGCAAGUCAAAUUAGUGAAUUUUAUUAGAAGGCAAAUCCAUCAGUGUCGAUGUCAUGGCUGUCAAGAGAAGUUUCAGUCAAAAACGGAAUUAAUAGCUCACAUGGAAAAAGACAACCAUAUAGGCAUUCCUCCAGAGAGAUCAUUGUGGGAUCAACCUCAGUACUACUUUCCCACCUAUGAAAAUGAUUCUCUCCUGUGCACUUUAUCUGACAGCGAGGAGGAGAUAACUGCACAAAACCAGAAUGAAGACAUCCCAGUUAUUGGGGAAGAUCUCUCCAGCCUUGAAGCAUUAAAGAAAGGCAGCAUAUUAAACCAGCUUGUACGUGGCAGUACCCCGAGGAACUAAAUAUGGAAUACGAUGCUGAAUUCUCAUCUUACUGCUUUUAGGAUCUGGAUAUAAGAGGAACACAGUGUUAGACAAUGGAACACGACGCAAUUUCAAGUGUUUUACUUUGUAUAGAUUUCUCUUUAUUCCAUUUUGCACUUUCUCCUGUAUCACAAAGGCUCCAUGCCGUGUAGAUGUCAGCCGCUUGGGCACAUCACUGGGGAAUACAGUUACAUAGCUGUCAUAUUACAAGUUGCCUAAUUAAACAAAUGAAUUCCGUCGGCUCAAUACCCUUGUAUCAUUGCCGCACAGGCAUGACCGUAGACAGAUUAGCAUUCUUAGCAAGAAUUGACACUCAUUUUCUAAUGUGUCAGGUAUGCUACAAGAGGGAGUACCCUGUGCACCUAUGAAUUAAUCAUCUCCCAUUCAUUAGAACACAAAACUAGCCCAAGCAGUGCCAUUAUAAGGCAUUUUCUGCAGGAUAUGUGAAAGAAAAUUACCUAUUGCCCCCAUCCCAUAAAUCCUUAUGCGUUUAGAUGACGAGCACAAUUAUAAUUCUUUAAGAGGACCUAUCACUGGAAAUAGGGUGCCUGAAAAAAUCAUUAGCCCCUUAGAGGGGUUAUCCCACGAAUAAAAAAAAAAUACCUGGAGUAAUUUCCAGCGUUAUUUUAACUAUAACCAUGCAAAAGCACUGUUCUUCAAUGUCAUUUUUUAGUUUCUUUACUCACCUGUAUGCAGCGCUUUUCUCUUCACUUUCUGUGGGUGGGUAGAAGCUCGUAACAUGACAGUCAAGUACCUGCGUUCUCUCGAUGUGCGCUGCAAUCGGCUAUUGUUAACUCCUUCCCCACACAAGGAACCCCAAUGAUUUCGCUAGUAAAUAGCACUAUGGUAUGUAACACCUCCCAAUACCACUCCAGUUUCCUUCAUUGUCUAGACAGAGAUCUA